AUGUCGACCGAAAGCUCCCCCGAGGGCUCGGGGCCCUCUCCUCGCCGCCCUUCCCUCAGUUCCAAUCGAUCCCGUAUCCCACCGCCCCAGUCCCCCCGCCCCCAAGACGCCGACAACUCUGCCGCCGAGAACGAGAUCCCAGACUUUACCACCCCCAUCACCGUCACGAGUUCCGAUCCCACAGCUUACGCGACGGGUCUCCGUCGCCGUGCUACAACAGCUACAGCCUUCCGCCCCUAUGAGAACUACGACGACAACGAUUUCAACUGGCCAGGAUGGCACCCCGGAAGCGAGCCAGGCGUCGACCCAGCCAUGCCCCACGGCGGGCAUCCGUCUAUGACGGCGCUGAACACGCUGUGCGAGAUUACAGUCGUGGACAUGUCGCAGGAUCGAGUCGAGGUGAAGAAUUUCGAAAACGACGACUUUAUCGAGUUUAUGAAGGAGGAGGAGCCGGAGUGGUCGCAGUGUCGGUGGAUUAACGUCAACGGCAUUAGUUGGGAUGUGAUUCGGGCUGUGGGGAAGCAUAAGAAUCUGCACAAGCUCGCCAUUGAGGAUAUUCUAAACAAGUUCAACCGGACGAAAUGCGACUGGUAUCCGAGCCACGCCUUCAUGGUCAUGACUCUUCAGAAGCUUGUUCGCGUUAUCGACCCUGACGAAUCCUCCGACUCCGACUCCGAUUGGGAUGAUCUCGUCGAUCGAAAUACCUCCUCCAUCUCUUCCGCCGCCUCUGUGAAAUCCAUGCCCGUUCGGACCUUCCAACGCGCCACACAAAAAGUGAAGCGCUUCUUCCGCCGCAACCGGCGCAACUCCCUCACCGACGCCGAAAAGGACCUUCCCCCCAACUCCACCAACGACGCAUCCAACAACAACAAUAGCAGCGGAGCGGAUGUUAACGUGCUCUCAGCUAUAGACGUCAUGCCGAACCUGCUGUCUCUGCAACGGUACCGCGCGUCGAAUCUAGCGCGCUCCGAGUUCAUGGAACGCCACUCGUCGCUCUCGUCCCGGGGGCUUGCCGUGUCGGCCGAGCAGGUAGCUGUGUUCCUCAACUCGGACAAUACCGUCAUAUCCUUCUUCGAGCUGUCGGCCGACGACGUCGAGAAGCCUAUUCUCAAGCGCCUGUCCACACGCGGCACCAUCCUCCGCCAAUCCUGCGACGCGUCACUCAUCGUGCAGGCCAUCAUUGACGCCAUCAUCGACCUCGCCGUGCCGCUGACGGCCGUCUACCAAGAAGUCAUUGGCGACCUCGAGCUAGAUGUCCUCACCACCCCAACCAUCCAGCAGAGCCGAAGCCUGUACAUCAUCAUCAGCGAGAUCAACAAGAUGCUCUCCUUCCUCAACCCUAUCGAUAACCUCGUCUCCGUGCUCCGCGACCACCGAACGAACCUCACCCAGGAACAGCUCACCACGACGACUGUCCUCCAAAAUACCGGCACAGGCGUCAUUGUCACGCCUUUAACCUACACAUAUCUCGGCGACGUACUUGAUCAGUGCCUCGUCGUCAGCGAGGCCCUGCAACAGAGCAAGCAGUCGGCCGAGAACUUGAUUAAUCUUAUUUUCAACACCAUUUCGGCGGCACAGAACGAGACGAUGAAGCAGUUGACCAAUGCGACGAUUGUGUUUUUGCCAUUGACUUUUUUGACGGGGUAUUACGGGAUGAAUUUUAAUGACUUUUCCGAUUUGGACAAAUCAACUCGUUUCUUCCAUCCCCACCGUUGUUGCUACCAUCGUCGUCCUCAUGAGGACUCUUCUGCUCUCAUGGGCCACAUCUUUCGCCCAGAGGCAGCAUAUCAGAUUGACGAGGAGGAAGAACAGGAAACGGAAGAAGGCGGACAGGAAACGUAG